AACUGUAAAAUGGACAGUCCGUCGGUGAUUGUAACUACGUACAUCUUAUAUGUCUGAUGACGUGUAUAGUUAACUAAAUUGAUCAUUACACUAUUUAAUAACAAUGUAAUCAAGGUUAUUUAUUAAAUACACAUUUAUAACGUUUUCCAAAAAAGAAGUUAAUCCCAAGGCUCUUAAUGCGCUAGUCUGCAGCAGGAAGUUGUUCGCUGUCAAAAUAAAAAGGUGGUGAAAUGACACUGGUAUCUUGUGUAAGUUGGUACUAUUUAUUAUUAUAAUAUCAAACAGAACUUAGGAUGCUACAGAAAACUGGAUAAUGCAUUGACGCGCAGAACCAAGUGUUUAAUAUUUAAAGCAUGGAUACAUGUCAUCCACUUGCAAUACAUAUCUAGAUACAUGCGUUCAAUAAUAACAACCCAUCAAGUGAUGCAUUUUUCUAUUUACAAUGCUUGAUCAUAUCUUUUUGGCAUGGAUUUGGUUUGGUUCCAACCGUCCAGGAUUUUGUUGUGGUACAUUUUUAAUAUCCAUGUCAAUUUUGUUGACUUGGCUCUCUGGAAUCCACGCCAGCCUGAGUUUAGGACCAGGUGGUGAAUUUCCUGGAUUUGAUGAUUUCAUCUUCUACGCCUUAAGUCACGAGGAGUUAACCUCCUUUCUCUACAACAUCAUUCUGCUGCUGUGGCUCGGACCCUGUCAGGAGAGGAGAUGGGGCACCUUCGUCUUCCUCGCCCUGUCCUUCCUCUCCACUGUGCUUCUUCCUCCCAUUUAUGCCCUCUUUCUCUUUGUCACCGGGGAUGAAGCCAGCAGGAUCAGUGGAUACGCAGCCACUCACCUGGCCCUGUUCACAGCUCAGUGUGGACAGGUGAAGCAGAGGAGAGUCCUGCGUCAUGUUCCUGUCUGGUUCUUGCCUUGGUUUUUCUUGCUGCUCAACCUUUUUCUGCUUCCCAGUGCUCCAGGCCUGCUGCACUUUUAUGCCAUUUGCCUGGGACUCAACUACAGUAAAGAGUUUAUUGAUAUAUUGCAGCAGUCAGAGAGACUGGGUGCCUGUGCCUGCUUGCCAAAAUGGGCCUACAUCCCUGUUAUUUCUCAUUCACACCUGCCAACUAACAUCAGCCCCUCCGAAAGACCCGAGCCUGAGCCAACUCAGAUGGGACACAUGCCAUCAGUCAGUAGAUCCCAGUUGCAAGAUCAUUCACAUGUGCUUCCAUGGCAAAAUUCUGUGUCUGAGUGGCAUGAGGAGUCUUUGUUGGCAACAGAUGCGCAGUUGUUAGAGGAGCAGAUGCUAAGAUCUGGGAUAUUAGCAUCACUACAGGAUGCACCUGAGGGUGCGGAUAAAGUGGAAGUACCCAAGUCCUCUGUAUCUUCAUUACGGUUGCAACAGCUGGAGAAGAUGGGCUUCCCUACAGAGAAAGCUGUUGUGGCUCUUGCUGCUACUGGGCAGCUGGAUGGAGCUAUUUCUUUACUUAUCGAUGAUCAGAUUGGGGAGGAGGCAGUGGUCAUCUCUAAAGGCAAGAAGUCACCGUCAUCAUAGCUCAGGGAUACUCAGAACAUUUAUGGACUUUUUCGAAGUUGUUUUAUGGCACUGACUUUGGAUCAUCCCAUUACUUGCACUGAGUUAAGCAUGGCAUUGAUCUUGGUCUACAAGGCAGAGACCUGAUGAACUGUUACUAUGCAUUUAUCAGUUACUUCAUAACUCUUGGGUGGAGUCCAGUUGAUGAUGGAUGGUGUGGAAGAUUAAUAUAUUUUUAUUAUGGUGUUGGCAGCUAUUAUGAUUAAAGUUUAAAUAAUGGAAAACAAUGUACUCCAAGCAGUGAUCAAAUUGUCCCAAUGGAUGAGACGUGGAUGUUCAUUAUGAUCCAAAAAACCUCUUCACUGACACUAUGUCAUUAAAUCCGCAUUAGCAGGUUGUCAGGCCAGGAAGAGCAUGUGCAAAUGUCAGUAUGAGUCCUUUUUUAGUCAUCUUGUCAGCGUAAUAGCUUGUAUUACCAAAUAUUCAAAAAGUAUUGCUGUAUAAAGUAUUGAUGAAAAUGUGGAUUGUAUUACAAAAGAAACACACAACAAAGUUUAUUUUGUUUUUAACAACAUUUGGUAAGACUGCACACUGGCAAGACAAAUUCACACAGUUUUAAAAUGGAAAAAUACAAGUGAUGAUACAUUAAUUAAUAUAGAGAAUAAGGAAAACAUCAACUGCUAAUAAUCAUCUAUAAAUAAUUAAUAUAACAAUAUUUAUAUAGGAAUACAAAGACAGUCAUGGAAAGAAAGUUCUUGAGGAAGGAAAUCAGUCCUAUGUGCACAUAACUGUGAUGGAAAGGCGUGCAUGAAACGCAAAAACAGAAUUCAAGUUCCAUGUUUACUUUUCAUACUUCCCCUUAUAUCAGGUUUUGAGACACAAACUUCUCUACUUCAUGCAAUUGCAUUUUUUUUUUUUUUUGAGGGAUUCUGUUAUUUUUAAUUUUGUGUAAUAAUUAUUUGCCUAUGCUUAAAAAGAGGAGAAUCUGAAAAUAUAAUUCAGAACCACAUAAACCCCUGCUCACUGACAUCUUUUAGCAAAUUUUAUAUAUAUAUAUAUAUAUAUAUAUAUA